UACACUUCUCUCUUUCUUCCUCCCGCGUCCCCUACACGGCAUUUUUGAAACGCCAUGACCGCCAUAGCUACUGCUGGUGCUUUUUCGUUGCCAAUCUCUCUAUGCAGAUCAUGCAAGGCUUCUAAAAAGGGAGUUAAAGGAGGGUUUAGGGUGUUUGCUGUGUUUGGGGAGGAGAAUAGCUUGGGGCCAAGGGAUAAGAAGAGCUCCUGGGGCACGCUGUUCGAUGUAGAGGAUCCAAGGUCUAAAGUCCCACAAUGUAAAGGGAAGUUCUUAGAUGUAUAUCAGGCAUUGGAAUUGGCUAAAUAUGAUAUUCAAUACUGUGAUUGGCGGGCUCGGCAAGAUUUGCUUACAAUCAUGCUUCUUCAUGAGAAGGUAGUGGAAUUGUUGAAUCCCUUAGCUCGGGAAUACAAGUCUAUUGGCAGCAUGAAAAAAGAACUCGCGGAGUUGCAAGGAGAACUAGCACAAGCUCACAAACAGGUACAUACAUCGGAAGCAAGGGUUUCCGCUGCUUUGGAUAAACUAGCAUACAUGGAGAAAUUGGUUAAUGGUAAGCUGUUGGAACAUAAGACCAAAACAGAGUCCAGCGUAGCAUCCCCUUCUUCGAGUAUGUUAACACAAUCUCUGGAUACGGUGAAGGGGAAGUCUCCCCGAAAAAGCUUGGAUGUGUCAGGUCCGGUUCAACCAUAUCAUCCCCGCUUGAAGAAUUUCUGGUAUCCUGUUGCUUUCUCCACCGAUCUGAAGGAUGACACAAUGAUUCCAAUUGAUUGCUUUGAGGAGCCGUGGGUUCUUUUUCGAGGAAAAUAUGGGAAUCCAGGAUGUGUCCGGAACACUUGUGCACAUAGAGCGUGCCCUCUUCACCUUGGUUCGGUAAAUGAGGGUCGUAUCCAAUGUCCCUACCAUGGGUGGGAAUACACAACCGAUGGAAAAUGUGAAAAAAUGCCAUCUACGCGAUUAAUUAAUGUGAAAAUAAGGUCCUUGCCGUGUCUUGAGCAAGAGGGAAUGAUCUGGGUUUGGCCUGGGGACGACCCACCUGUGGAAACUCUUCCUUCUUUACUACCUCCUUCUGGAUUUGAAAUUCAUGCCGAGAUUGUCAUUGAGCUUCCGGUUGAACAUGGGUUACUGUUGGAUAACCUUUUGGAUCUUGCCCAUGCGCCUUUUACACACACGUCCACUUUUGCCAAGGGAUGGACUGUCCCCAGUCUGGUGAAGUUUUUGACGCCUGCAUCUGGUCUCCAAGGGUACUGGGACCCUUAUCCCAUUGACAUGGAAUUCCGACCACCAUGUAUGGUGCUAUCGACCAUUGGCAUAUCAAAACCUGGGAAAUUGGAAGGACAGAGUACCAAAGAAUGCGCAACUCACCUUCACCAGCUUCAUGUUUGCUUACCGUCAUCGAGAAAUAAGACGAGACUAUUAUAUAGAAUGUCACUAGAUUUUGCUCCCGUGUUGAAGCACAUUCCUUUUAUACACUAUUUAUGGAGGCAUUUCGCGGAACAGGUCUUGAACGAGGAUCUGCGACUUGUGAUCGGCCAGCAAGAACGAAUGAUUAAUGGGGCAAACGUAUGGAAUUGGCCGGUAGCCUAUGAUAAGCUAGGAGUGAGGUACAGAUUAUGGAGAAAUGCCGUUGAACAAGGAUCUAAACAGUUACCGUUCAGCAAACCGAUGUAAAUUCGACUCUAGCAACUCAUUUAAUAUCCCUUCUCACAUUGUUCCCUGUCCUGACCGACUCUCGGACAUAAGCACACUGAAGGCGAUGAAAGGAGAUUAUGCGGAAACUGUGUAUUGAUCUGAGCCUGGUACUAGGUGGUGUUAACAAGUAAACGGUACACUGCUUCUAUGUUUAUAGUUUUUGUGUACGGUCAACAACCCCAGCUUCAUUCUCUUCUAAUAACCCAGUAGCAGCAAAGAUCUUUGUACUGUAAUACUAAUAGCUGAUGUUUUAUGAAAAAGAUUUGCACCGA